UUUUUCGACGCCUUUCCGGUUUCAGUACGUGAACGUCCUCUCCCACCCAGACAUGGCGCCUCCAGGCCGCUGGUACUUCACCCGGGAGCAACUAGAACGCAGCCCGUCCCGCCGCGCCGGCGUGGAUCCGGACAAGGAGCUCUCGUACCGGCAGCAGGCGGCCAACCUCAUCCAAGACAUGGGCCAAAGGCUCGGCGUAUCCCAACUGACUAUUAACACAGCGAUUGUGUAUAUGCAUCGGUUCUAUAUGGUCCAGUCAUUUACCAAAUUCCAUCGUAAUACCAUAGCACCUGCAGCUCUGUUUUUGGCAGCUAAGGUGGAAGAACAGCCCCGGAAGUUGGAACAUGUGAUCAAGGUUGUCCAUGCUUGCCUUAAUUCAAAGGAACCCAUGCCGGACACCAAUAGCGAGGCAUAUCUGCAGCAAGCCCAAGACCUGGUCAUUCUAGAGAGCAUUAUACUGCAGACCCUGGGAUUUGAGAUAACUAUUGAUCAUCCGCAUACUCAUGUAGUGAAGUGCACACAGCUUGUUAGAGCAAGCAAAGACUUGGCUCAGACAUCUUACUUUAUGGCAACCAACAGCUUGCAUUUAACUACAUUCAGCCUCCAGUACACCCCUCCAGUAGUGGCCUGUGUCUGCAUCCAUUUGGCCUGUAAAUGGUCAAACUGGGAGAUCCCUGUAUCCACAGACGGAAAACCGUGGUGGGAGUAUGUGGAUGCGACUGUAACGUUGAAACUUUUAGAUGAUUUAACACAUGAAUUUCUUCAGAUACUAGAGAAAACUCCAAAUCGUUUAAAGCGCAUAAGGAACUGGAGAAUAUAUCAAGCAAACCGAAAACCCAAAGAUGAUGAUGAUGGAGAAGAUGAGGAUGGUAGCGACAGCCUUUCGGACCAAGCAUUAAUUAGGAUGAUCUCCCGCAGUGGACCCAUGGGCAAAUCCCCCUUUUCAGAUUCUUCUUCCCAGCCUUUCCCAGUACCAAAACAGGACUCUGGAUUGUCUGGAGAAUCAUGGGGAGCACCUCAAAAUAACCAGCGGGAGCACCAGAGGACUAGUGAGCUUAUCGCUUGCACAGAUCAGUCACAGCUGCCAGGAAAUAAACCAACUCUAGCAAAAGUCUCGCUGAAGGAUUAUCGUGCAAAACAUGCUGGCGAAUUAGCAGCACAAAAGCGUCAACUAGAAAAUAUGGGUGCUAGCUUAAAAGAACAGUAUGCCUCUGCAGCACAAAACUUGCUUAUACAGCAGCAGAAAGAUCGUAAAAAGGAGAGUCCUGCCUCGCCUAUCAUUUUAAAGAUUCCUUUGCAUGAGGUAAGCCAUGAGCGGACAGAAAAAACCCCGAGCCUAAAGCUGCGUCUUCCUGUGCCCAUCCGUGAGAAACCUGAGGACACAAAGAUCCGCAUAAAAGUGCCAAAUGAGGAGAGUAGUAGCAGCGGCAAGGUCCGAGACAAACACCGAAGCGGUUCUUCAUCAUCACAUCACCAUCACCACCACAACAGUCAGUCCCAUCGUCAGCACCAUCAUAACUCUUCCAGCUCGAGCAGUAAACGGUCGUCUUCUAGUGUGGCAGGAUCAUCGCACAAAACAGCAGAUCCAUCAAGAAAAAGACCUUUACCUGAAGAUAUCACUGGUCAUGAUCCAGUUUCUCUAAAAGUGAGCAGGACUUCAAUACCUUCCAAAACUGAAUCUCCAGUUGCACAGUCAGCACACAGAGCAUGGAGCAGUCAUAGCAUUCAUAAAAAAACAGAUAGGGAAACAUCUGGUUCUGAUGGGCGGAGCCUACCAAAAGUAAUUGAUUACAAAGACACUAAGAGUGGCGCUGCUGUUCUGUACACAGUAACAAAGUCCUUGUGCUCAUGACUGACAGUCUGAGGGGUUCAUUUAAGAAUGGAUGAAAAUAUUGUCUAUAUCUUUCCAUUUCUUCAAAAGUUUUGACUAAAAGCCAUGAGAACUAGGGUUCCAUUACUCCAUAGAAUCAAUGUUCUCUGCUAUGCCUCUGCUUUUCUACAGUUCUGAAGUCAGAAUAAAGAAGAGAUGGAAGAAACAAGGUUGUGCGCUCAUAACCUCUACUACAGUUUACAGUGGUAACUGAGGACACUUCUCCAACCUAUCAAUGACUUGAACAUAGCUAAUGAAAAUAUUUUGAGAAACCCACACACCUUGAGUUUAUUUGUCAUAUUAAAUUAUCCUUGUAUAUGGCAGUUGGACUUGUUCUAUUAUCAUUUCUGUUAAGUUCUAUUCUUGCAUUUAUCAAUGUUUUUAUAUAGCACCAGUAUCUUAACAGAUAAUCACAGUUUUCAUUGACAACCUGAAAGUCACAUUUUUUAAUGGAGUAUGGUGGAUAUGUUCAACUGCUGGCCUCAUGUCUUUUGAUGAGGUUAGCCAUGAGAUUUCUCCUCUGGAGCUGGAAACUAUAGCGGGAAGAUUUCACUGAUGAAGGCACCUUAGCCUCUUAUGUCUCUUGGAAUCUCGAGCUGUGAAACCUCCCCACAGUUUCCAGUUUUACUCUUAAAGCAGUAGUAAAGUCUUCUUGCGAGAGUACAAAAAAUUAGCCCCUCUGCAGGUUUAAAUCAUACUGUACUAGUCUGCACUGCAAACUAGUACAUUAUGUGAGACUUGCCUACAAAUGGGGCCCUCCAGCGCAGGGCUGUCACGUCGUCGUCCCCCAUCGAUUUUUGGCAGCUUCACUGUUAAUUCAGUCUUCUUUCUGGCAUCCAAAUCUUUGGUCGCUUGAUUGGCAGGGCUGCGUUGACAUCACUGCUGCCCAUGCGCACAGGAGUCACUUUGCCACACCAUACAGUGCGACACUGACAGGCAGGGAGGAUAUUUAUGACAGAAGAGACCUUUAGGGACUCUUCUUCUUAAAAAAAAAAAAAAAACUGCCUGUCCGCGGAUUUUGGCUCGCAGGAGUUUAUUACAACUUUAAGAUGGCCAUACAGUAUACAAUCUGACUGUACAACUUUUGUACACUCUCCUUUUUAGCGCUACCAAAACUCUUUAACCUCUUCACGCCCACAGCCUCCUGGCCCUUUAGGAGUUCUAAAAGCCUGGAGGCAGGCAUUCGGGUCGCGUGAGCGCUGUGAUUGGUGGUCGCUUGAUCAGAAAGCUCCUGAUCGCAAGUAUGCAUUGGGAGCGCGCUCUCAGCACGGUAAGUUGUUUUAACCGGGCCACAUAUAUGCGGCUGCUCUGCGAUAAGGCCCACCCGUUGUGUGUGCGGCCAGCACCAAGGGGAUAAUUAUGGAGACAAAACUGCAUAAUCCCUUUAAAUCAUAUAAAAUCAGGCAGGCCUUUAUACUACAUAGUUGAUGGUAAAUCUAAAGGAGAAUGUAUAGUGUAUGGUCAGCAUUAGACUAUUACUCCUGUGACCACACUAGUGUUUACAUUCUUCCCUGGUGUAAAUUAAUUAGAAAGCCAACAUUGAAAUUAGGAAUCCCAUUUUUUUGCCCUAACUUUUGUCCAAGCAUAGAAACAGCUGUAACAAACAAGCUUAAUAAUUUUAACUGUCCGUUAUUGACCGAAUCCUAGAGUUCUCCACUCUUAAAGAGGAGCUCCAGGCUCCCCCCAAAAAAGUAAAAGUCAGCAGCUACAAAUACUGUGUAGCUGCUGGCUUAUAAUAUGACACUGUCCAGGGAUCCAGCAAUGUCCUCAUCUUUAAUCGGCUUUGGUUGCAGGUGUCGGCAUCUUAAGUAGGGGAAACUGGCAGUUAUGCCUUGCAGCUUCACAGACAGUUUCCUACUGCACGUGCACGAGUAGCACUGCACUUUGUGAAUGGUCCUGCAGUCUUCUAAAAGUCAUCUGUGUCUCAGAAGGAGGAGGGCUGAACUUCCAGCUCAGAUCGCCACGCCGCAUCUGACCGGAAGUGGGAGCGGGUACCUACCAAAACCAGGUACCCCCCCCCCCCCCCAAUAAGAGUGCAAAAUGUGGAGGGGGGGAGGAUGGAUGCAAAAAGGCGGAACUUCCCCUUUUGGGUGUAGUUCCACUCUAAAGUAAGCUUUUUU